AUUGACUAAGGUAAUUACCCCUUGGUUACAUUCAAAUCACAAACCAACGUCCUCGAACGGCGCGCCAAUUCAAUAUGGCUCCCAGAGUCAGAGCUGUCAAGACAAGCUUCAAGGCUACACAAGCCCCAAGCAAGCUGGGCGAACCCUCAGCGCCAUUCAAGAAACCCCCCGAGGUGCUACAGCCUUUCGUCGAGCACCUCUCCCCCAAGCAUGUGUACAUAACACACAUCGACCUCAAGCCCGUCGGCUUCAAGCGCAAAAUCUUCCUCGUCCCCGUCGCCAUGAACGCCAUCGUGUCCCUGCUCUUCGCCUGGCGCAUGUACUGCAUCCUCCCUUGGUACUGGAAGCUUCUCAUGUCCGGCUUCGGACACCCCAACGAGACGACCUUCCCCGUCGACACGUCCACGUGGGGCCAGAUCGGGUGGGAGAUCGCGCGGCGGGGCUUCACCUUCAUGCUGGACCUGGUGCUCUUCAUCUUCGUCUGGCCGUGGCCGGUCGAGUUUUCCAUGGGCCGGACGCACGGGAGCCCGCUGCGGUGGCGACGCCUAGUCGGGUUCCGCGAGAAGGAGAUCUACGUCCGGCGUAGCCGGGAAUGGGACCGGGAGCUCGGCGACGUGGUGAAGGACGCCGCGGCGAGGAACGAUCUGCUGGGCCUCGUGCGGCGGGCCACGUCGCCGAUGCUGCAGCAUGAGAAGACGGGCUAUCUGACCAUGAACGGCGAGUGGGAUCUCGAUUGGGCGGCCAUGGUGCAGGCUACCGCCCUGGUGGACGAGAAGCGGGUCGCCCUGGACGCGUUCCGGUCCGUCGUGUUGGUGCACCACGCUGAGCACGGGUGGAUGAGCCUUCCUCCUCAGGGUACGGGCGAACAAAAGGAUGACAUGCGGAGACAGGUGUUUGAAUUCCGGGACGCCCUUGCGGCGGCGGGGAAGGAAGAUCUCUUCUUCCGCUGGAUUGAGGUUGUGCAAUACGAAUCAACCCAGCCGGGCGGCUUCGGACCGGAGCGGCAGGUGGACGCAGCCAAGAACAUCCGGGCCAUGUUUUCAGACGAAGGUAUCGACUUUGAUGAAUUCUGGCAACAGCACGUCGGCAGCGGUACGCCCACUCCUCUCUGAUUACCGAUAUCGAUGCAUUCAAGAGUCCCCCGGCGAAGCCAUAAUUCCACACACCUCACUAAUACCAAGAAAUCCUGAAAUGACGGCAUUUGUAAACGACUCAUAGACGGGCUCCAAUCCACGCGGAUACCUCUGAAGGGAGAGACUCUCACUUGGUCGGGCAGCAGACUGCACAACAAAAAUAUGAAGAAGGGUCGUAACAACUCUGGUCUGGUUAUAUUUCAAAAAGUUCUCUCGUGAGCUCAUAAUUGAUCCAGGGAUGUAUGGGAGUGAUGCUAUGAUGAAAAGAGUCGAGAUCCAGUCCUCCUCUCGCGUUGAUGAAAGUAUUGCCUCGAAAGAUCAGGUACGGCAGGCUAUGCAUAUAAGUGCCCUGGGGAGACGGUCUGUACCGUUCUACUGCUUAUUUCGCUUUCUUGGCGCCCUUCUUGGCGCCACCAA